GGUCGCGGGUGCAUCGCCAGGUACGUGACAUACGAACUCCUCGCGCGCCCGUCCAUCCGUCUUCGUUCUCCCUCGGUUUGGCUCGUCCGAGAACGCUUCGGGCGGCCGCCCCCGCCUUCUUCGCGUUCGCUCUUCGUCCGUUCGUCGCGCGAACGAUAAAAUAGAGCGGGGCCAGCUUUAUACUCUCCGCUGUGCGAUUAAUUGACGGUGUGCCGCGGGGAGCAGGGGGUGAGGGAGGGUGUCCGGCCGCGAGUGCGUCGGAAUCGAACGAGCGACGUUGCGUCUCUCGGUUCGCUCUCGUCCUCAGGAUGUGCGAGGAAUAUGAAGGGGAACGCUGGUAACGAGGAUGACGCGCGGCCGAUGUCCUGCGUCGAUGAUUCCGCGUCCGAUGUUCGAUCCCCAGGACCGUUCGGCGCUUGACGUCACGAGUGUCGCGUGAACACAGUUCGAUCUGAAUAUAGUCGAACGUCGGCGCGUGGCUCUUCCGUGAGUCGCGAAGUUCAAAUCGGCACGACGACGCCGCGCGAAUGCACGCGUCAUUGUUAAAAUGGACCUGCCGGGUGUGAUAUUGGUAUAUACGUCGCGACGCUGCUGACAGGUAGUCGUUAUUGGAGCAGUCCUGUAUUGCGUCGCGACGCCACGCGUAUAUAUUUGUGUUUGUUGUUGUACAACGACGUACCGAGGUCGAUCUGGUUUAUGUUUCGACGCGGCGCGGAUACUCGUAAAAAAUAACUUUAGAAAUUUAUGAAUCGCGAGGAAAACUAGAACUAAGAAUAUUCGUCAAUAAAAGUUAUAAAUCUCGGCAACGGAUUAUGUCAUAUCGUGCAAGUAUAGUGAGUAAAGUCGCGAUUUGAAGUAAAUUGCGAAAGGAUUCUCUUGUCUCGAUACCGCGGAGAAUCAUAUGUGUUGAUCGAGAUUCGAAAGAUAUCGCGUUGAGCCAAUCGUGCCGAAAUAUUAAUCUGAAAAACAUCUUCCAUCGCGAGUGCAUCGAGUGCGUGAGAAAGUGCAGCUGCGAAAGGGUGCUGGAGGAAGAGAGGUUAGCCGAGGCCGACACCCACCGAGCAAGUCGAUCAGCUGUUCCGCGGCGCCGACAUCCCAUCGUCGUUUCGGCAGAUAAUCCCGAUGCUACUCUAUCGAGGAGACACUCUAGACAUCCUUGCUUUGAGUACUUCUUAGCGCAAACGUGAAGGAAAAAGGGACGAUGCUGUCGUAUAUGGUGCCUUCGGAGGACAAGCCACCGCCUAGCAGCCAGCAGAACACUUAUCGCGCGACCGGCAAUAAGCAGCUGCAGAAGAGCACCACCGUGGUGAGCACGUCCCCCAGGAAGUGUCCGGACGCGACUAGAACCAUGAUCGUCUCCACCAGGAUCGAGGACUCGUCCGGCGGCGAUUCUAUCCGCCACGGUUCUCCUCGGCCGAUCGAGAGCCCGAAGCACAACGGCACCUCGGGCACCAGCACCGCGAGGAAGUCAACCCUGCACAACGCCAGCAGAGUCACCAAGGACGACAGCCUCUACAGCAUCGAUAGCGACGCCAGCACCGCCGGCAGCGAGCGCAAGAACAAGAUCCUGAACGGUGCGAAGCACGCCAGCUUGAAAAGGGUAUCCUUCGGCUCGAGCAAAGGGUCCAUGGUGGAAACUCUCGUCUACGAGACACCAGUGCAAGAGGAACCUGAGAUCAAUCACUUCUUGGACCACAAUGGCCGCCUACCUCCUCCUAUGAUACCUGUGCCUGAUACUGACGAAGGUAGAGAAAAAGUACGUGUCUCGUUGUUAGGUCCACAACCAUCGCCGGCGACGCCCGGUGUUCUCUUACUGGAGCCGAUAACACAUUUGACAGGACAUUCGAUAAACAUGGCCAACAAUUCUGCGGAACUUUUGACUACGCACACCGAACACACCACGCCCGCCUAUCACGCGCAAAUAAGCACGGACAGCGGCUGGGACAACCCGUUCAGGCCAGACGGCGACCUUUCCCGGGAAGCCGACGAGAUCGUCGAGCUGAUAAAGGGCGGGAAGCCGAUUACGCCGACCCCGGGUCAGAACGCGCCGCCGUUACCAGGAUGCGAUGGCAAGUCGGGCGAGCAUGACUCGUCGAGUACCAGUCCGCUCCUCAAAUCCGCGAACUGUCACUCGUCACCCAGGCCCGGCCAGGAGAACGGCAGCGCUCACGGUGGCACUCCCGCCAAGGGUCAACAACCUGUCAAUGAAAAGGCCGCGUCGUCGAGGACCGCGACCGUAGAAGUUGCGAGGAUGACGGCGCAGGGUCCAGGUGACGCGUCGCAGAUCGAGCACGUCACCCUGAAGAAGAAGCCUAAAUGCAAGUGCUGCGUGCUGCAGUAAUGACCGCGCGACGCAGGCGGCAGAGACGUGCACGCGAGAGACGGACCCUUCUCCACUGUCAGGAGCGUGGUUUCAGGAACUCUUCGGCUUCGAGGCUUCCGUAGAAGUCGCGGCUGGACAGCUCGAAGCGUUGAAGAGCGCGAGACGAAAGACGCGCCAAGGACGCGUCGAUGAAGCCAACAGCUUGGAGAGAAUUGUCUCGAAGGACGUUCCGAGCAAGAGGAAAGCGCCGGCACUCUAUGAACAUGCUUGGGACAGAAGAUUUACUUCUUAUUGGAAGGAGAAGAGAGAGAGUUUUGUCUUUAGGAUGAAUGAUUAGAAGGAAAUAUGAAAUAAUAUGUGUGUGAUUGCACGAGGGAAAUAUAUAAGGAAAUAUACUAUCAGGUUACUGAAAAUCUGAAAGAGUCGAAAUGGAUGAAAAAUCGAAUGAGAUGUCGAAGAAAUUUCAAAGAAGUUUUGACGACAGGGAAACGAAGGGAAACGCGAAAGGUACCAGCACACUAGGUUGAGCAGAAGAACGAAGGACAAAUUCGAAGAGGCUGAAGAAGUUGAAGUCUCUCUUAAAAUAUCUUAGAUAAUAACAAUAAAAGUUAAUUCUUGCGGAGGAAGAUUGGACUCUCAUUAGUUAUCUCCGGGCAUGGGAAAGAAUUUCAUCAUCCGUAUGGAAAAACUAAACAAGAAGAAAAUUAGUGCGCGAAUGAACAUUGAACCGUUUCUCGAGGCAGUGACACGUUUUACGAUGG